AGAGGGGGAGAGAUAGAGAGCAGGAGGGAUGUGAGAGAGCAGCAGCCUCCCUGAGCACAGAGCUGAGUCCGCUUCAUCCUCAGCUGCCUCUACCUCUCCUCUCUCUCUUUCUCUCUUUCUCUCUCUCUCUUCCCCUCUUUCUUUUCUCUCUGUCUCCUUCCCUCCUCUCUGGAGCUCAGGUCUCUGUCCCCCCUUCCCUGUGUUGGAUUCCGGCCACAACUGCUCCCCACCUGAGAUAAGGACAUGGGGUACGGCCGGUCAGACAGUUAUCGUGUGGCCACCACGCAGGACAAUAAAGAUGACGAAUCCCCUCACAAGGGGAAAGGGCCAACCAAGAAAGAAAUGGAUGAACUCAAGAAAGAGGUGGCCAUGACAGAGCACAAGAUGUCAAUAGAAGAAGUGUGCCGGAAAUACAACACAGACUGCGUGCAGGGGUUGACGCUUAGUAAAGCAGCAGAGAUUUUGGCCCGGGAUGGCCCCAAUGCCCUCACUCCCCCACCCACCACACCCGAGUGGAUAAAGUUUUGCCGCCAGCUGUUCGGUGGAUUCUCUAUCCUGCUCUGGCUUGGAGCCAUUCUCUGCUUUUUGGCAUAUGGGAUCCAAGCGGGUAUGGAGGAUGAUCCCGCAGGUGACAAUCUGUACCUCGGUAUCGUUUUGGCUGCAGUAGUCAUCAUCACCGGCUGCUUCUCUUACUACCAGGAGGCCAAAAGCUCUAAAAUCAUGGAGUCCUUCAAGAACAUGGUGCCCCAGCAAGCUUUAGUAAUCCGGGAAGGUGAGAAGAUGCAGCUGAAUGCUGAGGAAGUUGUGGUUGGAGAUCUGGUGGAGGUUAAAGGUGGAGACAGAGUCCCAGCUGACCUUAGGAUCAUUUCCGCCCAUGGCUGCAAAGUAGAUAACUCCUCCCUGACAGGUGAAUCAGAACCACAGACCAGGUCACCUGACUGUACGCAUGACAACCCCCUCGAGACACGAAACAUCACUUUCUUCUCCACCAACUGUGUAGAAGGGACUGCCCGUGGAGUGGUAGUGGCCACAGGAGACAGAACAGUGAUGGGCCGCAUUGCCACCCUGGCUUCUGGUCUGGAAGUUGGGAAGACUCCAAUUGCCAAGGAAAUUGAGCACUUUAUCCAUCUUAUCACUGGUGUGGCCGUGUUCCUGGGAGUCUCCUUCUUCGUCCUCUCACUCAUUUUGGGGUACUCCUGGCUGGAAGCCGUCAUCUUCCUCAUCGGAAUCAUUGUGGCCAAUGUACCAGAGGGGCUUCUGGCCACCGUCACUGUUUGUCUGACUCUGACUGCCAAACGUAUGGCUCGAAAGAAUUGCCUGGUGAAGAACUUGGAAGCUGUAGAAACUCUGGGGUCUACAUCUACCAUCUGCUCAGACAAGACCGGGACCCUCACACAGAACCGCAUGACUGUAGCGCAUAUGUGGUUUGAUAACCAGAUCCAUGAGGCUGACACCACAGAGGACCAGUCAGGUGCAUCAUUUGAUAAGAGUUCUCCUACCUGGGUGGCCUUGGCCCGGAUCGCUGCCUUGUGCAACCGCGCUGUCUUCAAAGCUUUCAAUGACAACAUUCCUGUACUGAAGAGGGACGUGGCAGGUGAUGCCUCUGAAUCUGCCCUCCUGAAGUGUAUUGAGCUGUCCUGUGGGUCCGUGAAGCUGAUGAGGGAGAAGAACAAGAAGGUAGCAGAGAUUCCAUUCAACUCCACCAACAAGUACCAGCUGUCCAUCCACGAGACAGAAGACCCCAAUGACAACCGCUUCAUGCUUGUAAUGAAAGGAGCACCAGAGAGGAUUCUGGAUGUCUGUUCCACCAUCCUAAUCCAGGGCAAGGAGCAACCACUGGAUGAGGAGUUAAAAGAAUCUUUCCAGAAUGCAUAUCUGGAGCUGGGAGGACUGGGAGAGAGAGUACUGGGAUUCUGCCACUAUUACUUCCCAGAGGAACUGCACCCUAAGGGCUUUGCUUUUGAUACUGAGGACCUUAAUUUCAGUUGUGAGAACCUGUGCUUUGUAGGACUGAUGUCCAUGAUUGAUCCACCCAGGGCAGCUGUUCCAGAUGCUGUGGGCAAAUGCAGAAGUGCAGGUAUCAAGGUCAUCAUGGUGACUGGUGAUCAUCCAAUCACAGCCAAGGCCAUCGCCAAGGGUGUAGGCAUCAUCUCUGAGGGGAAUGAGACUGUGGAGGACAUUGCGGCCAGACUCAACAUCCCUGUCUCCCAGGUUAAUCCCAGGGAUGCUAAGGCCUGUGUAAUCCAUGGGACAGACCUGAAAGACUUUAGCAGUGAGCAAAUAGACGAGAUCCUGGAGAACCAUACAGAGAUUGUCUUUGCCCGCACAUCGCCCCAGCAGAAACUCAUCAUUGUGGAAGGCUGCCAGCGCCAGGGUGCCAUUGUAGCUGUCACAGGUGAUGGUGUGAAUGACUCCCCUGCUCUGAAGAAGGCUGAUAUUGGUGUGGCGAUGGGUAUUGCGGGAUCAGAUGUUUCUAAACAGGCAGCUGAUAUGAUUCUGCUGGAUGAUAAUUUUGCCUCCAUCGUCACUGGUGUGGAAGAAGGUCGCCUUAUCUUUGACAACCUAAAGAAGUCCAUCGCCUACACCCUGACCAGUAACAUCCCAGAGAUCACCCCCUUCCUGCUCUUCAUUAUGGCCAAUAUCCCUCUGCCCUUGGGCACCAUCACCAUUCUGUGCAUUGAUCUGGGUACCGACAUGGUUCCUGCCAUCUCCCUUGCAUACGAAGCAGCCGAAAGUGACAUCAUGAAGCGUCAACCAAGAAACCCCCGUACAGACAAACUGGUGAAUGAGAGAUUGAUCAGCAUGGCAUACGGGCAGAUUGGUAUGAUCCAGGCUCUCGGUGGCUUCUUCUCGUACUUUGUCAUUCUGGCAGAAAAUGGUUUCUUGCCAUCUCACUUGGUUGGCAUUCGGCUACAUUGGGAUGACAGAACUACGAAUGACCUGGAAGACAGCUACGGCCAACAGUGGACCUAUGAGCAGCGCAAGAUUGUGGAGUUCACAUGUCACACAGCCUUUUUCGUCAGUAUUGUGGUUGUACAGUGGGCUGAUGUUAUCAUCUGCAAAACCAGGAGAAACUCUGUGUUCCAGCAGGGCAUGAAGAAUAAGAUCCUUAUUUUUGGUCUGUUUGAAGAAACGGCUCUGGCAGCAUUCUUAUCGUACUGCCCUGGAAUGGACAUUGCACUGAGAAUGUACCCAUUGAAGCCCAGUUGGUGGUUCUGUGCCUUCCCAUACAGCUUCCUCAUCUUUAUAUAUGAUGAGAUCCGGAAACUAAUCCUUAGAAGACACCCAGGAGGUUGGGUAGAAAAGGAAUCAUAUUAUUAAAUUCCCAGAGACACAUCUCCCAGACCUGGACCCUCUCCAACCUCCGAAUCCCCCACCCUCGAAAACAAACAACCAACCCAAGAAAAAAUAAAUAAAAAAAUAAAACAACAUUAAAACCAACCCCUAAAAACAUAAAACAGGAUUUCAAGAAACGUAACGCCCGCUGUGAAAGCAACCCGCCCGGCCUUCUGUUCCAGAUUCCACUUUGGUUCUUUAUCAACUCAUUUCUCUCCCCCUCCCCCCCUUUUUUUCUGUAAAAUUAUAAAUAUAUAUAUAUUAUAUAUAAAUAUAAAUAGAGCCAGGAUUUUUGUUCUCUUUUUUUCUUUUCCAUUUUAUGAUUUACUUUUAAUGUUCUUAAAGGAGGGGGAGAGAGAAGGUGAAUGAGGGGGAGAUACAAAAACCACACACAGUGGGGGAAGAUACGGGAGAGUGAACCCUUCACUGCCGGCAAUUCUGGUAUUGAAGGAGAGCGAAGGCAGUGGGAGUGGGAAGGAAAGGCGGAGAGACGAGAUAUAUAGGGGGGCUGCAAUAGAACUCACUUCCUAUUACACUCGAUGCUGCCAAACGCUUGUGAACACAGCUCUGCGUACACUAGUAAUGAGCCGUUUCAUCGGCUAUAGGGUUAAUUUGGGGAUUUGUGAGGGCACCAGUACUGUGGUCACAUGACUCUUCAUGAACAAUGUGUCUGGUGAACAGCUUAGGGUCUUCAGGGGCAUUAAUAGAGCCCUGUUAACCCCUUGACUUCCAGGGAGACCUGCAGAGCAUCUCUCAUAUCGAAGUCUUAUAUGUGUAAUAACCCCCCUUCACCCAACCACCUGCUUACUAUUUCUCCAUUUCUGAUGUACUCGGUCUAUAUGAGAAUGAGAGGUACAUGUAUAUCUGUGUAUUAGGAGGGGGUGAGAGGUAUGUGUCCAACUGUCUGUGUAUUAGAAGGGGGUGCUAGGUACAUGUCCUGAUGUCUGUAUAUUAGGAGGGAACGCAGAGUGUGUGUGUCUGGAAGCUUUGUAAAUCGGAGGAAGAGAGAGGUACAAUGUCCCUGUUUAAUACGGCAAAGCCUGCGGAAGAGAGAACCGAGAUUGGUUAUGAAGUAUGAUGUAAUCCAUGCAGUGGCACAACAGUGGUUCCGGGCUUGGAAAUAUAUUUGGAAAAGCACUGGUAGGGGAGAUAGGAACGUAGGAAACGGGUGGUCGGUAUAAAUCAGCUGUAGAUGUUGACAAACCCGAGAACAGAGCAGCAGCUUUAUUCUGGCAAGAUGUCAGACACAGAACAUGGUUGUCUGGCCAGAAGUGAGCACCGGCGAGUUUGAAUGGUGAAGGGGCAGUAGCCGUCCGCAGUAUGGGGUAAGAGGUCAGCAUAGCCUAUGUAACAGGAAAUGUGUGGGUUUAGCCAAAGAUGGGCAAAGUUUCUCUAGGGAAAGGAAGUGACCCUGGUGUCUCUAACGGGGAGUGUUGUUUGCGGUUUGUGUCUGUUAUGUGUCUCCACCCCCCUCUCGCAUUAGUUUUUUGUCAGGUUGUCAGAUUUUUUAUUUUAUUUUAUGAUCUUGUGUUUUCCUGCCAUUUUCUGUGAUUUACAAAAAUAAAUAAUAAUUAAAAAAAAAUACCCCAAAAAA